CCCCUGUGACACUUCAUUAUUUCUCCUUCAAUUUUUUCCGCAAAAUCACUGCUUUGCAGUAUUGUUGCCAUAGCUUUGACUUAUCACCAAGGGAGAAGAGAACAAUGGCCAUUUCACGUAGGAUUGUGAAUCAUAACCUUUGCAUGUACUAAACUAUGGCACAGUUAAUUUUUAGGGUAUUUUAGUUUCCUUAGGCUGUGGAUACAGUGUAAUUUUUCAUUUUAAGUAAAACUGUGCUUAAAUGUUACAUGUUUCCUCUUCCCUUACCCCUCACUAGUGUCCAAUUUGCUAAAUAAUCUUUGGUUUUGCACAUGUACUGCAAAGUGAGGCCUGAAGUCUUUCUGAAGGCGUGUUGGUCAGUUUCAUAGGUUUUGACUUGCCAACAACCUCUACAAUAUGCAUCACUCAACCACAAUCUUUGUUGUCUUUCUAGAGUAAUCCAAUUAUGCUUUUUAGUGAUACUUGAGAAAAGAACAACUUAAUUUCAGGAGCAGCAGUAAUGAAUCUGCUAAUGUAUCUCAGCUAGACUAAGAGGUGAUUUAGCCUCCCUUUUCUCAAGGCCAAGGGUGUCCCACAUGUCAGACUGGAGAUGUCCUUAGUGGGUUCUCCUGAAUAAUAAACCCAUGAACAAGUUUGCUGUACCUUUUUAGUACCUUGCAGAGUCCUUAGCCCCAUACUCCUCUUAUACCUGCUAGGUGUACAAGCUUACCCUCUUCCAUUUUUUUUGUGUUAACUUCAAACACUGUAGUAAAUGAUUGCUCAUUGCGCUCAUAAACCUUCUGUUGAACAUAGGGGGUAUUUUUUGCAGCAUUCCUUGUUAGCAAACAUGUGGUUUCAAAUCUAAAAGUAUGACAUGGAAGGUAAAAAAAAAAAGGUGUUUGCCCAAAAACCUGUUGGGGGGGGGGGUGGGGGAGGGGAGGCUACAGGAUAGGUUGUAUUCGAGAAAAUAAAUAGUGAAACCCAAAUUGAGACUGUGUGUGUGUGUGUGUGUGCGCGCGCGGUCUGUUGUGAAGAAGUGGUAUGAUUUAAUCCUGCGUUUAUUUGCUUAUAUUCCUAAAAAAAAAAACAGCCAAAUGCGUUCGUUUCUCUCAGCAGAGCUUGAAUUCAAAUCGAGGAAAGGCGUAUCCUGAUUGGCCAGGGAGACCGUUUAUCCGCAUGCGUACUACAGAAAAUAGAAAAGGAUGCAUUCGGAACUAUCGGAAAUGCGGACAUGAGCGGAAAAGGCCACGAUUUGUUUCAAGAUUAAAAUAAGACAAAACGUUUCAUAGGUGGAACUACAUUAAGUAUACAUUUCCUUUUAAUAAAGGAAAUAUAAUUAAACAGCUGAAGUCUAAAGAAAAAAAAAAAAUCAAAACCUAUUUUCUUUUUUCUUUUGUAGUUUCUAGACAACCAUUUGAAUGUGCUUAAUAACUGUUAGUAUUUCCAACUACCGCUGUUCUCAGCAGUGGAAUUUUACUGAGAGCACUUGAAGGCAGCAGGAGAAAGAACAGGAAAUGAAAGCUUUGUUUUGGACAGACAUUCGCUCCGAGGUGGCUCCGAGCAGACGAUCUUCUUCUCCCUAAGCCCUCAGGCCUGAGCCCGGCCUCUGGUCUCCACCAUGGACAAUGUCGAGGAGGACCUGACGUGCUCUGUGUGCUACUCUCUGUUCUCUGAUCCGCGAGUCCUGCCGUGCUCACACACCUUCUGUAAGACCUGCCUGGACAACUUGCUCCAGGUGUCUACCAACUAUUCCAUCUGGCGUCCACUCCGCCUGCCGCUUAAAUGUCCCAACUGCCGCAGCGUGGUGGAGCUGCCCCCGAUGGGCGUAGACUCUCUGCCCACCAACGUAUGCCUGCGGGCCAUCAUCGAGAAAUACCAGAGCGACCUUGGGCCGCGACCCCCUUCCUGUCAGGAGCACCACAGGCAGCCUCUUAACAUGUACUGCAUCCAGGAUCGGCAGCUGAUCUGUGGACUGUGUCUGACUGUCGGGCAGCACCAGGGCCAUCCCAUAGAUGACCUGCAGGCGGCAUUCCUCAGAGAAAAACAGACCCCAUCGCUACUGCUGGCCAGACUCUCUGAGCAGAGAUGGGCACAGGUGUGUGAGCUGGGGGAGCAGCUGGAGCAGGAGAAAGCCCGCUGUGAGGGUCUGGUGAGGCAGGACCGACAGGAGGUCAAUCAGUUUUUUCAGACGCUGGAGGCGGUGCUGGCCAGGAAGAGGCACGCCUACCUGGACGCCCUGGAUAAAGCUGGUGCCGAGGUGUCCCGGGCCUACGACCCGCUCAUUCACCGAGUGAAGGAGCUACAGGAAGAACAGCUGGACCUGGUGUCCUUGGGUUCAUCGGUAGAGGAGGAGGACUCGCCACUGGUCUUCCUGGAGCAGGUGCAUUUGUUCCGAGAGAGGGUGGAGGAGUUUGUUAAAACCCCUCUGCCCUCCGUGAUAAACCUCUCCGUCACCCCGCGGGCAGCGGAGCACCUUCAGCAGCACUGGCCUGCCGUGACCAUCGGGAGCCUGGAGGAAGCGCCUGUCCCUAAGGUGUGCUGCUGCGCCAGAUGUGGCUGCGUGGAGGCCGGAGAGGCAGCGGAAGCCGGAAGGGCUCAGUCCGUCAGCUGGGCGCACAAGUUGUGGCGUGAGCUGCGGCCUACUUCUUCUGUGGUGCUGGUGGGGCUGCUGCUGCUGCUGGCAGCGCUGUGGGUCAACCCGGUCGGAGGGGCAUCACUCGGUUUCUCUCUGCUCUCUCAGUUGAGUCAGUUAGUCCACGGCCUAAGCAGCGAACUGAUCACUUCUCUCUGGGACACGGUGUGCUCAGCGCACACAGUGAUGGAGGCCAUGGUAGAAAGAUGGAGCUCUCAGCUCUCCUCACUGGGUGAAAAGGUCUUCCAGCACCUGGCGGCCUUCUUCAAAACUCUGAUAUUACACUGAAACGCACCAAACUGGAGCCCUCCGAUUUCAUCCAGAAGCUGAGAAAGCCUCACGUACACACUCCUGUAGUAGAGGAACAAAUUCACCCUAUUACACCUUUUAAACAGCUGCUACUGUACUGGCAAAAAAGAUCUGCCAAUGAGUACAUUCAAGGCACGUUAGGGGAAAAUUGAUAGAACAAAAAUGAUCAAUAUAACAAAAGUGAAAUACUAAAAACGGAUUUGAGUAGAAAGAAUAACCAACACCUUUUUAAAUGCAUUAACCACAUAGAUCAGUGGUGUCAAACUCAACUUCACUAAGACUGGAAAAUAAGAAUCACAUCCAGGGCUAGACAUUUAUUGACACGCUUUUAUUUAAUCAAAAAAGUCAAAUAUCUUUGACUGUCUUAUUGCAUGUGUCAUAUAGUCUUCUCACUUACAGUUUGGUCGAAGAAGUCAGGAAAAAGUUCCUCAGCCAUCAUAGGAAAAAAAAGCGCCCAAAAACGUCGGGGAAAAAGUGACAACGUCGGAAAAGGUUGCUAGUUGCGUAUUUUUCUGCAACGUGCCACGUCACAUGCGCUGUCUAAAGUGGCUGAGAUUCUUGUCACGUCAAACACUAAUCAAACAUUUUUAACAUGGAUGAAUGUUGGCAAAGUCCCCUUUCCCCAUCAUGCAGCGGGCCGGACGCUUCGGUAUAUGGAAAGCCAAAAGGGUCACAAUUCGCAAGGCGUUUUGACAAACGCCAUUCAAAACGCCUUACGAAUUGUGACCCUUUUGGCUUUCCAUACUAAAGUUCACAUCCAGCUCCAGUCUCGUGUAAGGAGAUACGCGCGCUCUCUGACGCAACGGAAAGCUAGAGCCUGUGGCGAGUGGAACCAGACUCAACGGCGGGCCUGAGAUCACGUUGCAGUGACGCACCGCUCGGAGUGGCUCCCACGCCGUGCCUUUUAACCAUCACAACUAUACCACGCCCCACCAGCCAGCCUUACUGUUGUGGACCGUAUUCCACCAGUAUAGCUCAGUGCUCGUUUUACUACGGUGGUGCACUGAUGUACAGUACAUUUUAAAAAUGAUUCUAGCCUUUAGAAAAGCUUUAACCGGGUCUAUUUUACAUUUGGUUACACUUUACUUGAAGGUAUCAACACAAGAGUGACAUGACACUGUCAUGAACAUGUCAUAAACAUUAUAC